UACAAAUUACAGUUCACUUUACUUCUGUGCUGUUGAAGAGGGACAUGCAUCCAAACGGUCCCUCUGGGGGAUGAUAAAAAAUUACUUAAUAACACGAAACCUGUUUCAAAUUGGCACCAUCAGCAGGUUAUAACUUGACAUUUCAGAUUACUUAUGGUGGAAAUGGAUGGUUGUAAUUCUUGCUUGAAAGCAAUCAGGGUUCUGCGAGUUUCCCUCGUGGAUGAACUGGAAGGACGGAUUGACUCACUGCUGGAGAUUUUAGUAAGUCGAGAAGUGUUCACUCGUGAUGACCGUGAGGAUGUGCUAUGUCAGUUGGGGCCCCGAUCAAGAGUGAGAAAGGUUUUGGACAUCCUGGAGUGUAAAGGUGAGGAAGCAGCCAAGAUUUUUCUCUCCAUUAGCAGUCAUCAUCAGCAAGAGGCACAGACGCAUUCCAAGGAAGUCAACACUCAGCCUCAGUCCAUAGAAUACAACAAAGUCAAACAAAAGCAUAAAGAUGUCAUGAGGCGCAGGAGUGAGAGCAUGCUCUUCUACAACACUCGACAUGGAGAGAAAAUCCUUUUCUCUGAACAUUAUGUGAAUCUCCUUUUAGUUGACGGACACCAGGGCUUGGAGAUAAAAAGACAUGAGGUGCUGACAUUUGGACAAAAGCGACUGUCUUUGCAGCAGAAGACGGCAAUACACAAGAAAAUUCCACUGGCUGAACUCUUCUCGAGUGCAAAUGGAAACCGUCUAAUUAAGAAAGUUCUGGUUACAGGUGUGGCCGGCAUUGGAAAAACUCUCCUGGUGCAGAAGAUGCUGUUUGAUUUUGGUGGACACAAGGGUCAUCAUGCAUUUGAUUUCAUCAUCCACAUGACCUUCAGAGACCUGAAUCUGAUCGACAAACCCACAAACUUCAGGGAGUUAGUUUUACGGAAAAACCGGCACCUUGCCAAAGUGCUCGACAGCAUUUUAGCGAAUGACAACAAGCUGCUGGUUAUCUUGGAUGGCUUUGAUGAGUUCAGACACUAUAGAAGCUGCGAUGUGGACACUUUUGUGACCGAGCCAGAUGAAGAUGCAGAGGUGGUGGAGGUCAUAGGGAGUCUGAUGCAGGGUGAACUUCUGCCCAACGCUUCUGUCAUGCUAACAAGUCGACCUGCAGCUGUCAACCACGUCCCUGUGGGCUGCAUCGACCGCUUUGUGCUCAUUGCUGGCUUCUCCUUGGCGGAAGUUCAAGACUUCUUCUCGCGUUAUUUCCAAGACAGUGCCCUUGCUGACCGACUGUUUGCAGUGCUAUCAGCCAAUGAACUGAUGCUAACACUGUGCUACAUACCAGCAUUUUGCUACAUUGUGUGUUGCAUCCUCAAAGAAAGCAAAGAUCUUGGUGGAGAAAGCCCCAAGACCAUGACAGACAUCUAUGUGCAGUAUCUGGUGGCUUUGAUCCGCUCUCACACUCAGUCAAGAGCCAAAACGUUUCUUCAAGAGCAAGGAGCGGGGGGCAUACAGCAGCUGUCUGACGUAGUGCUGAAGUUGGGUCGACUUGCCUUCCAAAAGCUGAUGGAGCAUCAAACACUAUUCUACAGCAGCGACCGAGAUGUUGCAGCGUUAGAGGGAUGCGGCCUCGUCAGUACCUUCCUCGACAAGACAGUGGCUCAAGAGCCCGGCUGCACCGAAGACGUGUACUCCUUCGCGCACCUCACGGUGCAAGAGUUCUUUGCUGCAGUUUACUGUGCAGUGACCGAUCACCCUUUACCCCUCCAGGACACUGCGAGUCCCGGAGAGAGGUCAGACAAUGGACAUUUGGACCUCUUCCACCGCUUCCUGUCUGGAAUUCUGUCUGAACGCAAUGCCAAUCUUCUGUCAAGACAGUUGGGGCUUCGUUACCAUGAAGAAAAAGUGGACGCCUAUCGCCAGAGGCUCAUCAGAGAACUUACAGUGCUCUGUGACAGUGGGGCUCACAUCCUGAAUCACUUACACUGCCUGUUUGAGCAACAGGAUCCCUCAUUAGCCCUUGCUGUGCAACCCAAGAUGCUGCGAGUUAAUGUUUGUGAUGAAACACUUUCCCAAAUGGAUUACAAUGCCAUGAAGUACUUCCUGAACCUCACAAAGGGCGAAAUAUCAGAGCUGGAUUUGACAGGGACAGGGGUAAGCUGUGAAGCACUUAGAGAUAUCCAGCCCCUGCUUCUUAGAUGUAAGAGUCUUUGGCUCGGAGAAAACAACCUUGACAUAGACACUGUUCAGGUCAUUGCUGAUGUGCUGCAAGUGUCAGACAACAUGACCCACCUAGGAAUUGGGUGGUCAAACCUUGGGGAUGAUGAAAUACUGUCUCUUUCAAGUGCCAUACGGGUUAAAAGAAAACUAGAAGAAUUAUGGAUGGAGGGAAACCGAGUGAGCUGCAGAGGUCUGCUGUCACUCAGUGACUUGACCCCAAUUCCACUGAAAAAAGUUGCUGCCAUCUGGAAUGACCUGACCGACACAGAGCCAGAGUCCUGGUGCAGCCAAGAGAGCAUCACUGUGAACUUUACAGAUGACGAUAUGUGGGAGGCAUGGGGGAAAUGGGUCUUCAAGCGGUGUGAGGUCAGCAGCAACGAGAAGCUACUGACGGUACUCCAUAAAGUGUGCAACAUAUCCGUCCACUGCUUAGAAGCCCAGUGGGCAAAGACUUUCUACAAGCAACUAUCCCAGCUCAUCAAGCACAGGAUUGAGUUCUGCACUGAGGACGACAUGUGCAAGAAGCUCAAAAAGUUUGAGAAUAUUUUGAACCUCUGACAGACAGAAGUCAAUGCUCACCUCGAGUCGUAAGACAAUAGAUACAGCUUACAUGUCUGUAUGAUGCUGGAUGCUUUGUGGGUACAAUGUUAAAAGGAAAAAAUAUCAGGCACCAUUAAAGCAUGGCUAAUGCAGAACUAAUAUUCUCCAUCGUUAAUGCACAGAAUCUUUACCCACACAACCUCACGAAGAAAAAUAAUCUUCUAAACAUCUUGUCAGGAUGCAUGCAAAUUGUGCACUUAAACUAAAAUAGCAUGAGACAUGAAGACAAUUGUACCUGUAGCCUUAGAGAGCAAAGGUGCAGACUCAAGUGAUGUAAUUUCCCCUGUCUAGUAUCCAUUUGAAUGAACGACAAAAAAGGAGGUAAAAUAAAAAGGUACGAAUGGCCAGUACGGGGAUCGAACCCGCGACCUUGGCGUUAUUAGCACCACGCUCUAACCAACUGAGCUAACCGGCCAUGUAUAAAGGAAAGCAUGACGCUUAAUUAUCCUAACCCAGAUCACAUUUCCUAUGGUACACAGUUCAAUACAUUGUGUCAUAAAACUGGCUUUACUGUUUCAUCUCUCCUCCCUCCUUGUGAAAAAACAUAUAAAAACAAAAGGCUACGAACACGGCGGACAGUGGCCGGAUGUGGUGUGCGUUAACUUUCAAAAUAAGAGCACAAAUCAUGUCACUUUCUGUUGUUGUCCGUUACAUUGGAUUAAAAUUUUGACUGAGAAUGUCAGUGCAUCUACUUUUUGGGAAAUACAUUAUAAUACAUGCGUAAUCGGGUGUAUUUUGACCGAUGAACAGUGGUCAACACUAAAAAUAAAAUGUUGCAACUUCA